CUCAACCUGGCUGCGUGGAAGACCUCCAUUGUCUUGCCAAUCACUCUCGCCGUCUGCUUCUUCUUCCAUCGCUAUGCCAUCGAUCCUUUGACAGAUGAACUCGCAAAACUGCCCACAGUCCGAUACCAAUGGUUCCUCCCCGACGCCCUCAACCGAAUCGCGUUCUACUUUUACGGACGCGAUCAAAUCGCUCAGGGUUACAAAAAGUACAAGGAUCGUGCAUUUCGGCUCCUUACCACGGACGGUGACUUGGUUGUUUUGCCGCACAAGUAUCUAUGGGAGAUUGAGCGGUUGCCCAUGACCACGCUGAGCGCUACUAGAGCACGACAUAAGAUUCUCCUGAGCGAGUACACUGACGUAGUCAGGGGGAGUACCAAUGUAUCUCGUGCAGUGGCCGAGAUGAGCCAGCAGAAUCAUCAGCACAUUGCUAUGCAGUUCAACGAUGAAGUUCACAAGGCGCUCUACGUCGAAGUCCCAAGAUGCCAGUACAAAUGGACGCCCGUCAACCUCUACAAACUAGUCCUCAAGCUCAUCAGCCGCGCCACCGCCCGCUUCACCGUGGGCGAAGAGCUCUACCUGAACGAGCUCUGGCUCGAAACAGUCCCCAGCUACACAAGCGACAUCCUCACAACCAUCAUCCUCCUGCGUCCCGUGCCCCAGUUCCUACGAGCGCUCGUCGCCCGACUUCUUCCCAGCCUCCGCCGGGCCCGCGCAAGAGCGCGCUGGGCCCAGACCGAGCUGCUCGUCCCCACGAUCCGAUCGCGCCAACACAAGGAAGUCCACGACAGCGCCUACCAAAAGCCGCAGGACCUCAUGCAGCGGAUAAUGGACACGGCCACGACGAACUUCGACCGCGACCCAGCCAACAUCGCCCAGGCGCUGAUGUCGACCAUCACGAUCUCGAUCGUCCACCCGCUCACCAACCUCGUCACGCACGCCGUCUACGACGCUCUCACCCAGGGCCAGGGCCAGCAGACCAUCGACCCGCUCCGGACCGAAACCGAGAGAAUCCUAUCCCUCCUCGAGCACGACGACGAAUUCGGUCUCAUCCCCCGUCCAUACCAAUGCCUCAUGGACAGUUUCCUCCGAGAAGUCCUGCGCUGGAACCCGCUGAGCGAACUAAACCCCCGCUACACCCUCCUUAAACCCCACACCUUCGCCUUCACAUCCACAUCCACCACCACCAGCACCGAACCCCUAACCCUCCCCGCACUCACCCAAAUCGCCUUCCCAGCGGGCCCUCUCUCCCGCGACGCCGCCAUAAUCCCGCACGCCGAGCGCUUCGACCCCUUCCGGUGGACCCGGGACCCCCUCGAGGUCCUCCCCCUGCUCCGCCCGGACACGAUCGACCCGCGGCUCCGCAGGGCGGUCGCCUUCGACACCGGACUGGCGGACUCCAGCCCGGUCAAUCUGCACUUCGGGUGGGGGGAGGACAAUGACCGCGCCGCCGCCGCGGCGGGGGCGUGUCCCGGCCGACAUCUUGCGGCGCGCUUGGCGGCUAUGGCGCUGAGUGGUCUGCUUGGGCGGUACGAUCUGCGACUGUUUCCGGGGGAGAGGAGGCGCCGGCCUGCGAAUUUGGGGGCGGGGGAGUUGGUCUUUCCCAAUCCUGGGGUGAGGGUUUUGAUGAGGGGGAGG